UAGUGGCGUGGUAACUAAGGAAAUUCGUUUACACGUUAUAAUACCGUUGCCAGCGAAGUAUCAUGGUUUUCAGAUCAUGCAGGUGAACCCAGUCUUAAUUUGUCACGAAGUUACUAAUGUGCAUCAUACGUUGCGUGCUCUUAAUCAUCAACGUGAUGCGUCGCGCAAAGUAAAACAAAAUCGAAGAUGCCUUUGGAGCCGAAUUAACAUUUCCUUACAGAAAACAUGACGUUGACAAACUAAUAUCCGCUUGAGCCAUGACUAUUCACGUAUAACUGUGUAUACUAUACAGUUUAACGGUCGAGCGUUCAUGUCGCCCAUCUCAUUGGGCGCUUAAUCGAGCGUUACAAAGAGAGAAUGUUUAAUUGGAAUAGGUCACGGUCUACGGGUAUCCGUCGGCAGGCACAUGGACACUAAUUACAGAGCGAAUAUCGCAAAGUGGCUGCCACUUUCGAGUCCUCCUCUAGAGAAAUGGUUCACAGACUCCUUGACAUUGGACAACAUAAUGGACAAACUUGCAAGAGACAUAGCUUUAAUUGUCAAAGACAUAGCAGAAUCAAACAGUUGCAAUCCGGAGGAUUUGAUAACUGUUAUUGACAAUCUAGAAUCCAUCAUAAGGAAUUAUAGAUUGAUAUGGGGUGCUGUCUCACCGACUCAUCCUGUUUAUAAGUACAAAGUAGAUCACUUAUCCACUGUUUUGAAACGCAGACUCAACAUUCUGGCCAAGUUUACUCGUGGUCUCAUUUUCGAUAUUAUCGACUGCAAGAAGGACAACUUUCUCCGAGUACUUUUCAGAUUGGUUAAUGCUCACAAUGACAUGUUGGAUUUACAACAUGACGUUUCUGUAUCGUCAAUAAAUAUUUUUUAUAAUGACUGUCCAAGUAUGCUUGAAUCUAUGAAAAAGAUCUCGGUCACGCGAUUAUUGCAGGUUUUAGCAAAGAACAAAGCUGAAGAAUAUUGCCAUGAGCUUAUAGAAUGUCUUCUGGCGAAUUAUCAGCCUAAUAGCGAACGGGAGGAUCUGAAAUCACCUGUGUCAGCAGACAUUGAGAUGUCAGAAAAUUCGAGCGUGGAAAUAUACCGUGCUCUCACGAAACAUAUGACCCCACCUAUUACGAAUGCUCCAGCGCCAGAAGUCAAGCUGUCCAACAUUGAAAACAUGCAAGUACUUGUAAACACUCAGAACCAGCAGGUAAUUGGACUGUUGAAUAUCGCCAAGGACGUGUCACCUCGAUUACUUGGGGCAGAAGCUUUAAAACUCAUCAAAGUGUCAGGUGAAACAAGGGUGAGGAAAAGCGCAGUGAGGAAAGUCACGGACUAUUAUCAGGAAGUUGCCUGGGGUGCUGUAUCCAGUAUUUUAGACCACGUGGUUCUAUGGUGGUCCCCUGAGGCUCUAGCAGCUCGUCACAGUCACGGAUCCCAACAUCUUAAAGAUUGGCUACAUCAAUUCACACAAGGGAGGGAUGUCCCACCGACAGUCAGACCGGCUUUGCAGAAUCUCUGUGAUGCCUUAGGAUGUCACGUAACCGUUACGGCUUGGGAUCAACUCUUCAGACUUGCUUAUACAUCAGCUUUUGAGUGCCAAUCGAGGCCCUCGUCUACCGAGGGCACGGACACCGGGCAAAAUUUCUGUGAGGUUUUUCAAUUACUGGUUACUCUGAGUAACGAGUGUGAAGUUGGCGGCGAGUGGGUCGUUGGCGCACCCUUAGCUGAGCUUCCAUUAUCGGAGCAGAUACUCGUGCUUCAUAGAUUAGAUCAUUCGAUCCAUACUAUGAGACUGUGGGCUAUGCAGGAAGCCAAACUCAUUGCGCACACCUGGGACCUAGAUGUCUUUUUUCUUUUGGUCAAGGGUGAUCUCAAGAAUUGUAAUGAAGAGCUCUCGUAUUUGAAGCUUGCUGAUCAUACAAAUGCAUUGACGACGGAAAUAGUCAACGUGCAGGUUUACGUAUGUGCGAAAAUGAGGGCGAAGAUUGUAUCCGAAGUUCAGGCAAAUAUUCAAUUACUGAAGGAGUCGCCUGCCAAAUGUAUUGACACUCUGGCUAUAAUUUGCCGUGUUGUGAGUCUCGCCAAUUUACACAUGUGCUUCCCUCGGCGUAAUUACUGGAGGACAAGUAGAAACGAUGUUCCUGUUGCCGCAAGUCUCUACGUUGAAACAUACUUUGAGCGAGUAUUAUUACCCGUGUUGGAAGUGAUCGAGGAUCCUGAGGUUUCUAAUAUGAUUUUGAAAAUCAUGUGCGAAGCGUGGUUGGAUUACAUUUAUUUACAUCGAAUAAAGUUCAGUGAAUGGGGUGCAUUACAACUUUUGACAGAUUUUGCAUAUGUAUCGACGUGGGUCACAGACUGUGCAAUAAUUUCUCAAAACGUGAGGAGUCAUCUUUUGAAGAACGAAGUAUUAAGACGAUGCGAAGGUGUAGGCCGUCUUCUACUAAGACAUCCUGGUGAAGCCAUAGCGAUGCACAAGCGACCGGCCCGGAUGACGGAUGAGAACGGAUCGCCGGAAUCUCUUGGUUUGGAACGGAUGCCCGCUGAAAUGUAUGUACCAAAUCAGGAACAGUGGCUCGAACUUCGUGCACCGAAGCGCUACAAUUUUUGUUGCACUGAAUAAUCCGAACAUUCCUUCUAUCGAUUCGGUCUUACUUGUGGUAUUUCUUCUUCUCAGAAUAUUUAUUAUUAGGUCCAGAAAAUAAAUAAUUUAUAUAUCCAUCUGA